ACACCCACCUCGGACCCGCGCUGCCCGGCGGCACCCACGUGUGCGGCGAGGGCGGCGGCCCGGGCCUGCGGCCGGAUCCUGGACCGACUGCCGGGGCCAGCUGCUGAUUGGACGUUUGUUGUGCUUUGUUUUCCAGCAACGAAGGUUUUGGGAACAGUAAAAUGGUUCAAUGUAAGGAACGGAUACGGUUUCAUCAACAGGAAUGACACCAAGGAAGACGUAUUUGUACACCAGACUGCCAUAAAGAAGAAUAACCCCAGGAAGUACCUUCGCAGUGUAGGAGAUGGAGAGACUGUGGAGUUUGAUGUUGUUGAAGGAGAAAAGGGUGCGGAGGCAGCAAAUGUUACAGGACCUGGUGGAGUUCCAGUUCAAGGCAGUAAAUACGCAGCAGACCGUAACCAUUAUAGACGCUAUCCACGUCGUAGGGGUCCUCCACGCAAUUACCAGCAAAAUUACCAGAAUAGUGAGAGUGGGGAAAAGAACGAGGGGUCGGAAAGCGCUCCUGAAGGCCAAGCCCAACAACGCCGGCCCUAUCGCAGGCGAAGGUUCCCACCUUACUACUUGAGGAGACCCUAUGGGCGUCGACCACAGUAUUCCAACCCUCCUGUGCAAGGAGAAGUGAUGGAGGGUGCUGACAACCAGGGUGCAGGAGAGCAAGGUAGACCAGUGAGACAGAAUAUGUAUCGGGGUUACAGACCACGAUUCCGCAGGGGCCCUCCUCGCCAAAGACAGCCUAGAGAGGAUGGCAAUGAAGAGGACAAGGAAAAUCAAGGAGACGAGACCCAAGGUCAGCAGCCACCUCAACGUCGGUACCGCCGCAACUUCAAUUACCGACGCAGACGCCCAGAGAACCCUAAACCACAAGAUGGCAAAGAGACAAAAGCAGCCGAUCCACCAGCUGAGAAUUCGUCCGCUCCCGAGGCUGAGCAGGGCGGGGCUGAGUAAAUGCCGGCUUACCAUCUCUACCAUCAUCCGGUUUGGUCAUCCAACAAGAAGAAAUGAUAUGAAAUUCCAGCAAUAAGAAAUGAACAAAGAUUGGAGCUGAAGACCUUAAGUGCUUGCUUUUUGCCCGUUGACCAGAUACACUAGAACUAUCUGCAUUAUCUAUGCAGCAUGGGGUUUUUAUUAUUUUUACCUAAAGAUGUCUCUUUUUGGUAAUGACAAAUGUGUUUUUUAAAAAAAAAAAGGUCUGGUUUUUCUCAAUACACCUUUAAUGGUUUUUAAAUUGUUUCAUAUCUGGUCAAGUUGAGAUUUUUAAGAACUUCAUUUUUAAUUUGUAAUAAAAGUUUACAACUUGAUUUUUUAAAAAAACAAAAAAAGUCAACAAACUGCAAGCACCUGUUAAUAAAGGUCUUAAAUAAUA